AUGCCCUCGUCUCCAUCAUCGCGGAUAACUGCCACAAGCAUCCCGAACAUUACGGCGUUGCGAGUCGGCCUUGACUAUGGAGAUCCUCGGCUUACCCGGUGCAGUACAUUUACCGACGAUCUACGAGGGUUCAGGAAGAAGUUCGUUACCAGCACCGGGCUCCCAGGCCCAGACCUGCAUGAGUGGAAACUUAAGGAGCACCAGGCUGGGCUCGACGAAAUGACGGCCGCUUACUUGGACCGAGAUGGAAACGGCCCAUUGUAUUGGCCCGAUUCCGAAACCUCGCCUAACUACAAUAAACUGCGUUAUUCAAGGGAUCAACCACGGAUCAAACGGUUGAUGAAGCAACUCUUCUUCCGCCUAAACCAACAGCAAUAUAGAAAUAAAAGGUACAAAAGUAACUACAACAAGAAAAGGUCAAUUGAACCUUCCGUAGAGCCUCAAGCCCGUGGUCAAAGCUCAGAAAAUCCAAUUGAUGUCGACGAACUGUCGGAUUCAGAAAAUCUUCCAGUAUCACCACGACCUGACAGACCAAUUCCAUCAACUGAAACUACUCGACCUGAGUUUUCUAGAGAUUCGGAAACAACCAAUGCUUCGCGAAAGGUCAAAGUCGAGAGCUUCGACGACCCUUACUCAUUCCCGCAGACCCCUGAACCCGUUGAACAACAUGCCGCAAAACGCAACAAGGUUAGUGGAAAGACAGUUGGAGACAACAAGACUCCUGCAAACGGCCAUAGGCCGACAGUGGAUUCAGUACCAGAGUCCGCUACACCGCCUAAGCGGGUAUCCGAGCGACCAAAGCGGCCGGUUCACCGGGAGGGUUUCAGCGGCCUCGAAGCCAUGGAUGAGGCUCUUAACGGCUCAGAUAUCGAUGCGGCACCGCAGUCGUCGUGGGCCCCAUUGGAAGCUGAUCCGACUGUUGGAGUUGAUGACCCCGCAGUGAGGGUGCCCCCAACGAUGGCUACAUCGUCAAACCCAGGAAUUCAAGCUCAGACAGAGUACCUAAACGCAGCAAAGACAGUUGCCCUGGAAGAUUCGCAGCAACCACAACCACAACAACAAUAUGAGCCUCAGCAACAAGCCGAAGAUGUCCUCAGAGUUUCCCGUGUAUCUGCAUCCGCGCAAGUGCACCCUGAGGAGAGGCCACCUACACAGGAGCAAACCGCCUCAGCAGAGGCUAAACAGAAGGAGGCUAUAGACACACCCGCCAGUCCAGCUCAACCUGUCAUCAACGUUAGCACGGACCAUCCACUCCACAAAGAUAUGGACCCUUCAACAGCAAGUACGCAUAGAGAGGAGCUGCAUCAGACCAGUGAGAAGCCAGAAGUGAAACCGGAACGACAGCAGCAACCAAGAACUCUUCCCAAGCCCAGGAUUGACUUUAUCUAUCGCGUGGUCCUGUCACGGCGGCCGAUCUACUCGUACAGGUCGUGGACUCCGACUUGGAAACUCGAGCAGACGACGCUUGGGCAGAUCAUAGCGGAGCUGGACCUCGCGGCGGACGCGCGGGGCGUCAUCUUCACCGUCGAGGGCCCUGGGUUCCGAGCCGUGGAGGAGUUCCUCCGGGCCGACGAGAACAGGUUCACGGUCUUCGUCAAGCAGAUCAAGCGCGUAGUUCGGAGCCAGCUGGCCAGCGGCAAGGGCGUGGAGUCACCCCUGACAUUCGAAAUAGAGAUCGAGCCCAUGCAGGCGGACACUGCGGGGAGCGACGACGAGUAUGAUGACGAUUUUACGAUAUAG